AUGAGCACUGGCAUGAGCAGCAAGCGAGAGCGCGAGGAAGACGAUGCUCUUCUAAAGAAGAAGAUGAAAAAAGGCAAGGGUGAAAAGAAGGACAAGAAGGACAAGAAGGACAAGAAGGAUAAGAAGGAUAAGAAGGAUAAGAAGGACAAGCGCAAAGUGGAACAAAAAGACGAGAAAUCGACCGAGGAGUCGUCCACAUUUGUUUCUUCUUCUGUUUAUCCUGGUACGAGUGCUGCAGAGGCACAAGCUUUCCUCACCGAAAACAACAUCACCAUUGAAACUCCUGAAGAAUCGGAUAAACUUCCUCCUCGUCCAAUGCUUCACUUUCUCGAGUUGGAUGGCAAGGUGGAUCGCAAAUUGAAAAAAUGCAUUGACUCGGAGGGUUUUACGAAACCCACAUUGAUUCAAUCGUGCUGCUGGCCCGUUCUUCUCCAAGGGAACGAUAUCGUUGGUAUCGCAGAAACAGGCUCGGGCAAGACGCUCGCGUUUGGUAUUCCAGCAUUACAGCAUGUCAUUCAGAGCUCCUCAAAAAAAAAUAAGAAUAUGAUACAAGUGCUUGUCAUUGCGCCCACGCGUGAAUUGGCUAUUCAAACACGCGACAACCUGGCACGCGUCAGCGAACCGCUCGGUUUUGGCACAUUCUGCUUGUACGGUGGCGUCUCGAAGCACGAACAGCUGAAAGAGAUGCGAAACAACCCGCUGCCUGUGCGGAUUGUUGUCGGCACGCCCGGGCGCGUCCUCGAUUUGGCCCGCGAAGGGUCCGUUGACUUGAGUAACGUAAGCUAUCUUACGUUGGACGAGGCAGACCGGAUGCUUGACAGAGGAUUUGAGCCUGAUAUUCGCGCGAUUAUUGGCAUGACCAAAGCGCAUGACCAAGGCCGACACACGAACAUGUUUAGUGCUACCUGGCCACCUGCGGUGCGUGGGCUUGCGGAGACAUUUAUGCAGGCGCCUGUGCGUGUCACUGUAGGCAGCGAUGUGUUGAGUGCCAACCGCAAAGUCGCACAACAAGUCGAAGUUUUGGAUGAUGGACGUGCAAAAGAACGCCGUCUUAAUGCCGUGCUGCACUCGCUCAAUGCACAAAAAUCGUCAGACAAGAUUUUAAUUUUUGCGUUGUACAAGAAGGAGGCGCAGCGUGUGGAGAAUACGUUGCGGCGCUCUGGUUACAGUGUAUCGGGAAUUCAUGGCGAUUUGAACCAGCAUGACCGCAUGGCAAGUCUUGAAGCUUUUAAGUUUGGCAAAACACCGUUGCUAGUGGCAACCGAUGUUGCCGCGCGUGGAUUAGAUAUUCCAAACGUGGAACUUGUAAUCAAUUAUACUUUCCCGCUGACCGUUGAAGACUACGUCCAUCGCAUUGGUCGCACCGGUCGGGGCGGGAAAACAGGCAAAGCGCUCACAUUUUUUACUGAAGAAGACAAGGCUCAUGCUGGUGAACUGAUUCGUGUGCUUAAGGAUGCGGACCAGCCUGUACCCGAAGCAUUGAGCAGAUUCCCUACCACCAUUAAACGCAAGACACAUUCAAGUUAUGGAGAUCACUACAAGGAGCUAGUACCUGGGAAAGCUAAAAAGAUCACUUUUGAUGAUGACUGA